AUGUCUGUCCGCGAGCGUGCUGUAGUGCUGGUUGAUGGCCCGGCCGUAGUGCAUCGCUGGUAUCAUCGCUGGAGCUACACAAGUAAACAUACCCCUGUAGA